UAUUCUAUUUGACAACUGCUACAGUUGUUAAAUGGCAAAAGCAGGAGAAUAUUGUAGUACAGUAUCAAAGUAAUAUAGCUGUAUAAUGAAGCGAAGGUGACGUUUAUUUUCCACCGACGGAUUUCGGUGAUUUUGUUGUUAGUGAGUUUCAAUAGUUGAGUUAAAAAAGAGUAAAGUUUACAAUGGGUUCAGAAGAUGUGCUCAAGAGUGCUUCAACACUGGCCUCUUAUAAUGUUAUGCUUCAGGUGAUGUUUCGAGUGUUGACUUUUCUCUUGAAUGCAUUUACUUUGCGGUUUGUGUCCAAGGAACUGAUAGGCGUGGUAAAUGUGAGGUUGAUGCUGCUCUAUUCUACAUUGGUGUUUCUGUCUAGGGAGGCGUUCCGGAGGGCGUGUCUAAGCAGCGAGGGGGCGGGGCGUAACUGGAGACAGGUCAUCAACCUGUUAUGGCUCACAUUCCCUGUGGGUUGUGUGUGGGGUGUGCUGUUAGUGUGUGUGUGGUGGUGGGUGCUCCAGGCACCUGAUCCUCAGUCCAUCCCGCAUUAUGUUCCCGCAGUUGGAUUGUUCUGCCUAGCUGCACUUACAGAGCUGCUGGCUGAACCCCUCUGGGUUCUUGCACAUGUGCACAUGUUCGUCCGUUUAAAGGUGAUUGCCGAAAGCUUAGCCAUGAUUGCUAAAUGUCUCGUUACUGUAGUGAUGGUGGUCUCAGCGCCUCAGUGGGGACUUUAUAUCUUCUCUGCUGCCCAGUGUGUCUAUGCAGGGUUUUUGUUGCUUUGUUACGUGUUAUACUUCAUCCAUUUCCUUGGCUCAGAGGAAGCAGAGCGUAAAUUGUUUCCUGUUAGUCACAUAACAGAUCUUCUGCCAUCUCGAGUGGAUCAUGAGCCACUGUUAAACUGGAAGUUGACCACACUGACCUGGAGCUUUUUCAAACAGUCAUUUCUCAAACAGAUCCUAACAGAAGGCGAGCGUUAUGUGAUGACGUUUUUGAAUGUGCUUAACUUUGGAGACCAAGGGGUUUAUGAUAUAAUAAACAAUCUGGGCUCAAUGGUGGCCAGAUUUCUUUUUUUGCCUAUUGAGGAGAGUUUCUACGUGUUCUUUGCUAAAGUGCUGGAGCGUGGACGAGAUGUACGACAUCAAAAACAAGAGGAAGUUUCCAUGGCGGCUGAAGUACUGGAAUGUCUUUUGAAGCUGGUGCUUUUAAUUGGUCUGAUUAUCGCAGUUUUUGGUUAUGCAUAUUCUCAUCUGGCACUUGACAUCUACGGUGGGGAGCUUCUGAGCAGUGGAGCCGGGCCGGCUCUGCUACGGUGUUAUAGUUGUUAUGUUCUGCUGUUAGCCAUUAAUGGAGUAACAGAGUGUUUUGUUUUUGCUGCUAUGAGCAAAGAGGAAGUCGACAGAUAUAAUCUGGUGAUGCUGGGCCUGUCAGCAUCAUUUCUUCUCCUUUCUUAUUGGCUAACCUGGAUGUUAGGUGGCAUUGGCUUCAUUUUGGCUAACUGCUGUAACAUGGCUUUGCGAAUCACUCACAGUAUUGUUUACAUACAUGAGUAUUUUCUGCUAAGUGAAUACAGACCUCUGUGGGGGCUCCGCCCACAUUCUGCUGUCAUUAUUGCACUUGGCGUGAGCUCCAUCCUCACAGCCUGCUCAGAGAGCAUGUUCUGCUGUGACGAUGGCUGGUUGCUAAGGCUGGUUCACAUUGCCGUGGGGGCAGUUUGUCUCCUGGGUGUGGUCGUCACAGUAUAUUUUACAGAAACAAGACUUGUGCAGUUUGUUAGGACUCAGUUGUUAUCGAAAUACAGCAAGAAACAUACAUGAGCUUUUACUUGAAAGCAUACUGAUGGAUUGAAGGUUCCUAUUCCCACAGGGCAUAUCUUAUAGAAUAUAUUGAUUGAUUUAAAAAAGACAUACAGAGAAUAUUGCAAUGUGAUGCAAAUAUAUCAAGGGGUUCCCAGUAUGUAACUACUGCUCCAAUGUGCCUGUUUGUCCUUCAUCACUAUGAAAUACUACAAAUGCAAUAAGAUUGUGAAUAGUAAUGCUUUUUUUUAAUUAGACCAAAUGUUUUGUAACAUUGUACCCUUUGCAUAGUGUUACUACUAGAUAUACUCUAGCUGUAUACAUAAGUGGUAAAUUUUGUAUGAAUGAUUGUUUACAUAAAUGAUGUACAAAAUGGUUAUACGUAUAAUAAAUUAAAAUGAUACUGGGUACCACUGUCUUUGAAAACAUGUAAGAUGAGAAAAUAAUAUCUGGGAACAAAUAAACCUUUUUUUCCUGAUUGCACAAAUGUAAAGUUUUCAAAUAUUUGGAGUCAGUAAGAUAUUCUUUUUAAAGAGCAAUACUAAUUUUAUUUAGUUAGGAUUAGGCUAAAGUGACCGUAAAGAUUUUUACAUUAUCAGAC